UCUUUCUAAUAUUUCCUCAUCUUCACACGCACAAACAUCCUUUCCAGCUAAUCUGAUUUCAUAUAAACCCACCACCCCCCUUUUAAUCUUCCCUCUCUCUCUCUCUCUCUCUCUCUCUCUCCCUCCACAACUCCUCAUAUUAGGUUUGUAGUUAGCAAAUAUGACAGCUCCAAACAUGGCAACAAUCACAGCAUCCUUAGAGAGAUCUCUGCAAAACUGCUCACUCAACCAAAACAGCCCAACCAAUAGCGGCGGCGGCAGAGGCGGCGGAGUUGGGUUCUCUUCCUCCUCAGAUUCCACGGAAAAUCAAGAAUAUCACUCCUUGGAGCUUAAUUCCCAAACCUCUCUCCCUUACCACUGGGAACAAUGCCUCGAUCUAAAGACUGGGGAGAUAUACUACAUAAAUUGGAGAACAGGGAUGAAAGCCAAGGAGGAUCCAAGAACGGCAGCGUCCGCGGUAUUGAGCGGCGAUUUUUACUCGGAAGACGAUAGCUCCUACGACAGCGAAGGUUCCUCCUCCGAAUCUUCGCCGUCUUCAUCGGUAACUCAACAACAAUAUCAUCAUCAAAAACAAUACCAGGGCGAAGAACAACAGCAGCAGCAGCAGAUAAACCAAGUACUUGUGGUGGCUGGUUGCAAAGGCUGUCUAAUGUACUUCAUGGUUCCAAAACAGGUCGGAGUUUGCCCCAAAUGCUGUGGCCAACUCCUCCACUUCGACCGAUCCGAGAGUGAUUGAAUUCUUAAGUCACACAUCUCAUCUGAAUUUUUUUUUUUAAUUUUUCUUUUUGGUUUGUUUAUCUUUAUUGAAGAGAUCAUUUCAUCUAUGUGCUCUGAGUGAUGAUUAUCAGUGUAGAUUGAUGAAAAUGAGACAAAUGAAAUCAAUGUUACAUAUUAAUCUUCUUUCUCCUUCAA